AUGUUACCAUGGAGACGUCUUGUUUACAAACACCACUGGGCUGUCAAAAAAGAAUAAUGCAGCCAAUGGAAAUACACCACCAUGACUUCUGAAGUUUACCUGGAAAUCGUGGGUUUGAUGAAAGAACACAAUUUUCAAAUUGCUACGACCAUUGCCGAGGUAACUUUCAUCUUCAAAGUCAAGUUUAAAUAUCGAUAUUCUGGCAAACCAACCUGGCUAGCUAGCUAGCUAGCUAAGGCUAUCAAGCAUGAGCACUGACUGAGCACACGAAAUCAUGUUUUCUGUCAACACAGGGACUGAAACAGAAGUUUCCCCCCUUGUUUUUGGAUCCAACAAUUCGUCCAUUACUCGAAUGUGACUGGCAUGUGUAUCUAACCAAUAAGAAAAGAGUGGGUAUACUUUCUGAGUAUAUUUAUUUGAUAAGUUCUAAAUGCUGCAUUCAUGAAUAAUAGACUCAAAUGCAGCAUAAUGCUUAGCAAAGUAGUGUGAUGUAUGGCAUGAGCUGUGGUGUGGUGUGCAUUAGUCAACAAUAUUAUUAUUAUGAAUUGUUGAGUUAAACUGCAUCCUUUAACAUUUUCAAACCAAGGAGCUGAAAGGGGAGGUGUGGCAGUUCUCCAGCAACCUAAUGUGUUUCGUGAAUGGUUGUCUCCUUGGCGACGAGAAGGACCUGACCAGCUGGGCUGAGAAGCAGUGGGAGUUCACACUCAUCCGUCCACAUGCACUAUACCUGGCCCUCGCUGACGACUACUACUCUAAACACCUCCACAGCACUGGGGCAAGUCUAGUCUACACACUGCACUUACAUAGGAUUAGGAUAGAGUGACACCAUAGACCAUGAAACACAGACAGACAGACAUACAGACAGUGCAGUUACUAUAGCAAGCCCAAUGGCCCUAAAGUAAACCUUACUUUAUAACAGUGGCAUCAUACCUACAACAUGACAUCCUCUCUCGCUUCCACCACAGCACACGUUUGUUUACAUGGACGUUUCGAUCAGAGGGGAAUCGGUUGGGAGAUUACUGUUUGAGGUGAGACUGUGUCAUUUGUAACCAUUGAUCUGACUGGACCUGAAUGGGUAAAGAUGUUGGCCCAGAGUUUUAUUGACAGCAUGGGUCUUCUGUCUCCCCAGCUGUUCACAGAGCUAUGUCCGAAGACGUGUAAAAACUUCCAGGCUCUGUGUACAGGGGAGGCAGGCCUGUCACAGAGUGACUUAAUGCUGUCCUACAAGGGUUCUGUGUUCCAUCGUGUGGUGCCCAACGGCUGGAUACAGGGAGGAGGUACGGUCUACCUGGUCCUCUAUCUGAAAGUCACCCCUAUAGGCCUACAUUGAUAAGAAAGGACAUACAGGACUGUAUUUGACUUGCCAUUGAUUCCAUCCUGUAUCUGUUUGUUGUCAUAUCGGUACGUUUUCAUACAUCAAUAUUUACUUUGUCAGUACACACACACCACUUGAUGAUGUCAUAUUUCCCUAUUGCAGAUAUUUCGGCAGCAGGCAAAGGCAACGGAGGGGAGUCAAUCUACGGGCCAACUUUUGAAGGUACAGACGCAGGCCUUACAGAUCAAGUUGCUACUCUACAUUAUUAAUACACAUGCAUAGGGAAAUGUAUUAGGGAAAGUAAGUAAGUAUAGGGAAAUGUAUUAGGAUGUAUGUCUAUGCAUGUCUAUUUACUGUCUCCACACUAACAUGUGGCUGUGGGAUCUCUGCUAGAUGAGAGCUUUGCAGUCUCCCACAGUAGGAGGGGCAUCCUGGGAAUGGCCAACCAGGGUCCUCAUAGCAACAGCUCUCAGUUCUACAUCACCCUGCAGCCCGCCCUUUGGAUGGACAGAAAAUAUGUGGCUUUCGGGUGUGUACGUCUCUGACAAUGUGUGGGAUAGUGCUGUUAGUUGAAUGAAGUGUAUGUUUGUGUACUGCUAUAGUAUACUGAUUGUGUCUCUGUUAUGUGUUCUAAAACCUUGAGGCUCGCACAAUCUUUUGCAUGUCAACAUUUAACAACCUCUGUGGCGUCGGGACUGUGAUAUACUGUAUGUCUGUAUUUUGUACCUGGUAUUCAGAUGUUUUCAUAUUCUCUUCGUUUUGUAGUCAAGUGGUUGAAGGCACAGAGGUUCUGAGGAGACUUGAGGAUGUCCCAACCUACAAUGAGAGACCCAAACAAGACUGUAAAGUGGCAGACAGUGGAGUGUUUGAACCCUGACGUCACCUUAACUGCACAUUUUUAUGUUUUUUACUAUACACAAUAACCUAUACACUCAAUAAACAUAUU